AUGCGCCGGGGCCGGGGCCGGGCCGGGGGCGCAGUGGUUAUCAGCCGGCAGCAACGCCGGGUGCAGCUGAUGAGGAUCAAGCAGCGGGAGGAGCGGAAGGAGAAGAAGAAGAAGCGGAGGCCCCCCCAUCCCCUUCCCCACCCACACAAGGCCCACCUUCCCGAGCCCAGCUACCGACGCAAGCCAACCCCCGUGCGCCGCUUCGACGGGGACGUGCUCUCCCCCAGCUACAUCCAGAGUUUCCGGGAGCGGCAGACGGGGACGUCGCUGAGCAGCCUCAUCACAAGCACGCACGCCGUGGUCGACCUGGACUAUGACUGCGGCUCUACGGUGCCCUUGACCAUGGGCUCUGGCCCAGCUCUUCGGGUAUAGCCCAGACCCCCCGACCCCUCGUGACACCAGCAACAGGGCCCCGCCAGGCCAGCACGGACCGACACACCAGGGCCCGGUCAGGGCCAGCACGGACCAGCCCUCCAGACACACCAG